AGAUGCUGAAGCUGCUGUUUCACUGGACGAUUAUUUGAAGGUCAGACGCAGAUUCGACACACAAAGGUCAGGAUUGGCAGCACUUCCAGCAUGCGGACAACAUUUUAGUCAAGCAGGUGGCAUCACUCCAGUUACCCAGAAGCCCUUGAAACGACGAGCGAUGCCCUUUUGAAAUGACUGACACCGGAACAAACUUCAUAUCUGGUGCCGGUAGCUGAUUGGUCAUGGAGAGGCUGGUGUUUUGUGUGCUGGUGUUUGGUGCGCUGGCGAAGGCUCAGCUCUGUCCAGGCCGCUGCAUCUGUCAGACCAUCUCCCCCACACUCACCCUCCUGUGCGCCAAAACCGGUCUGCUGUUCGUGCCGCCCACCGUCGACCGCAAAACCGUGGAGCUGCGGCUCACAGACAACUUCAUCACGGCCGUGCGCAGGAAAGACUUUCUGAACAUGACCAGUUUAGUGCAUCUGACGCUCUCCAGAAACACCAUCAGCCAGAUCGCGCCGCACGCUUUCAUGGGCCUCAAAUCCCUGCGCGCUUUGCACAUGGACGGGAACCGCCUCAGCGUCAUCAACAGCAACCAACUCAAAGGCCUGAUGAACCUCAGACACCUGAUUUUAGGAAACAACCAGAUCCACCACAUUGAAGAGUCCUCCUUUGACGAGUUCGUCGCCACCAUCGAGGAUCUGGAUUUAUCCUACAACAACCUGCGGACUUUACCAUGGGAAGCCAUCGCUCGAAUGACUAACAUAAACACGCUGACCUUGGACCACAACCUGAUCGACCACAUCGGUGUGGGCACGUUCACGCUGCUCACCAAACUAGUGCGUCUGGACAUGACCUCCAACAGGCUGCAGACUCUCCCUCCGGACACGCUUUUCCAGCACGCGCAGGUUCUGUCCGAGCCCAAGACUUCCAGCUCGUCCAGGCUGACGGUCAGCUUCGGGGGAAACCCUCUGCACUGUAACUGCGAGCUGCUAUGGCUGAGACGGCUGACCCGAGAGGAUGAUCUGGAGACUUGUGCUUCUCCUGAACACCUGAUGGACAAAUACUUCUGGUCCAUUCAGGAGGAGGAGUUCAUCUGUGAGCCGCCGCUCAUCACCAAACACCAGGUCACCAAGCCGUAUGUGAUGGAGGGUCAGGGCGUGACUCUGAAGUGUAAAGCCAUGGGUGACCCUGAUCCCGCAAUCCACUGGCGCUUCCCGGACGGCAAACUGGUGCACAACAACUCCCGCACCAUUUUAUACGACAACGGCACGCUGGACAUCCUGAUCACCACACUGAAGGACAGCGGUGCCUUUAACUGCGUGGCGUCUAAUGCUGCGGGCAUCGCCACCGCUGCCGUACAUGUACACAUGAUCCCGCUACCCCUGCUGGUCAACAACACAGGCCACAUGCGGGAGGCUGACCCAGGACUCUCCGACAUCAGCACCUCCUCCAGGUCCAGCAGCAACGACAGCAAAACACACAGCAAGAGGGUCCUGGUGGAGAAUCUGACCGCUCACUCCGCCGUCAUACACUGGCCCUCAGAGAGACACAUUCCUGGCAUCCGCAUGUACCAGAUCCAGUACGAGCUGUGCGUGUUAGCGGUGUAUGACGACGGCAUCACGUCGCUGACGGCGACGCGCGUGGUGGGCUGCGUUCACUUCCACACUCUGCCGGAGACUAACCAGUGCCGCUUCGUGCCCAGCCAGUUUCUGGGAGGAACCAUGAUCAUCAUCAUCGGCGGCAUCAUCGUGGCCUCCGUGCUGGUCUUCAUCAUCAUCCUUAUGAUCCGCUAUAAAGCCUACAGCGGCGGUGGAGGAGACACAGCUAAAGCUAAAGCUGGAGGAGACGUCAGUGUUCAUGUGCACUCGCAGACCAACGGCAGCAGAUCCGCAGCCACCAAACAGAGCGAAGAGCCGCCCGAGUCGCCCGCCGGGAAACACUGCAAGGCCCUGGUGCUCCUCAAAAUGGUUCUGCCCAUAUUACACUUACUUUUUUAGAUGUUUAUUCAUUUAAAAGUAAAGAAAAUAAGAAAAUAGUAAAAUAAAUAUGGACCUCCUUCUGUCAAAAAUGGAA